GAAGUGAGCGCGGAUCACACUCGCGCAGCUCUUUCCUGUGUGAUGCUACAUCAGAGAGCUGCCGGGCCGCCCGACCUGGGAUGGAUUUAGAAGAAGCUUUUCAAGUUGUGGGCGAGUUUGGACCCUACCAGCAGCGGGCGGUGGCUGUUCUUGUUCUGACCCAGGUGUACAUGGCCUGUCAGUCCAUGCUGAUCGUUCUGAUUGGAUCCACGCCGAAGUACCGGAUCGAGCAGCUGGACGGCGUCGGCAGCAGCCAGCGGGAGCUCGUUACCUUUACAGAGGACACCGACUCCAUAGUGACCGAGUGGUUUCUCAUCAGGCAUCAGGCCUAUAAGGUCAGUCUAGCAGGGUCGCUGUUCUUCGCCGGGCUUCUGGUCGGGAACAUCGUCUUUGGGCCGCUCUCGGACAGGAUCGGCAGGAGACCUGUCUACCUGACAGGCCUGUUUUUCGAGGUGAUCUUUGGCUAUGUGACCGCCUUCGCCCCCAGCUACGAGGUGUUCGCCGUGUCUCGCCUCCUGGUGGGGCUGAUGAACGGCGGCAUCGGCCUCGUCUGCUUUGUCCUCACUCAGGAGUACGUGGGCAAGUCGUACUGGGCCAUGACGGGGACGUUGACCAGCAUGACCUUUGCCGUCGGCAUCGCCCUGUUCGGAGCUCUGGGCUACUUCAUCCAGCCGUGGAGGAACCUGGCUAUGGCGUCCAACUCGUCCGGCGUCCUGUUCCUCCUGCUGUCUGUCACUCUUCCCGAGUCUCCACGCUGGCUGUAUUCGAAGGGUCAGACGCAGCGAGCAGAAGAGGUGCUGCGCUACAUGGCGCUGAGGAACGGCAACCCUGCCAACAACCUGGUUUUGAAACGCGUCUGCGCUGCUAAAGCCGGAAACCGUGACGGCAGGGGGGCAGGUGUCCUGCAGCUGGUGAUCCAUCCGGUCCUCCGUCUGAGAACCAUGGUGCUCAUGUAUGUCUGGUAUGCGUGCAGUCUGGUGUACUACGGUCUGACUCUGGGGGCCAGCGAGAUGUCUGGUAGCCGUUAUAUGAACGUAGCCAUGUACGGCCUGGUGGAGCUGCCCGCCUACCCGCUCUGUAUAUACUUCAUCAACAAACACUGGGCCGGGAGGAGGAAAAGCAUGGCGAGUUUCCUGUGUCUGGCCGGCUCUGCCUGCCUCUGCACCACGUUCAUCCCCGAAAACGCAGGAGCCUUGCUGAACGUUACGUCGUUGGCGCUUCUGGGAAAACUGAUGGUCAGUGCAGCGUUCAACAUCGCCUACGUGUACACCUCUGAACUCUACCCGACAGUUAUCAGGAACGCUGGUUUGGGAGUUUGUUCCAUGUCGUGCAGAGUCGGAGGAAUCCUUGCACCGUUUGUUCCUUCCAUGCGGGCUCUCCACACCUCCAUGCCUUUCACUGUGUUCUGUCUGAGCGGCCUGUCUGCAGGCUGCCUGGGCCUCCUGCUGCCUGAAACCCUCAACGGACCAACAACAGAUACUCUGGAGGAGCUCGGCAGCCCGAUCCACAGCCGAGUGCUGGAGAGCAAGGCUCAUUUGUAUGAAGACGACAAACUGAAGUCGAACCACAAAUGAAGCGUCGUCUUCAUCACUGGAGACGGACUAUCCUCACCUCAUUCUGUGUGUGUGAACUGCUGCCUCAAAACGGUGAACUGUCCCUUUUUUAAUUAACUUGAAGGACUGAUCACAAUGUUCACCUUUAAAUGUUUGAGAUCUCUGACAUGUCAAACGGGGCCAGGACGUAGACGCUGACCUUCAGGGGGAAGCCGUUAUCGACCGACAGCUCCUCUUUUUUAUCACAUUUUACAGAAAAGCCGGACAGUCGACCCCCCUGACUGUCACGCUGGUGUUUGUGCCUUAUUAGGAGGGAGACAGCCGAGAAAAGACGGGACAGACGUGUGACUUACCGUCCAGAGAUGCUGCGAAAAUCAAACGUGCUGCUAGCUAACGUGUAAUUGAACGGUUGGUUUGAAAAAGGACAGCGUUUCCUCUCCAAGAGUUUCCAAAAUGGAGUUAGUAGACAUGACAUACAUGCUCGUUUUAAACGUGUUAAUAUUCCUUAAAACACACCAAUGUUAGAUUUUUAGGACCACGCUGAUUUUCAAGAGGAAAUGUGCUCGAAGCUCAAUCACAAGGUAAACUGUCCUGUAAACAUGCUAAAGUGUUAGCAUACAGUGCUGGACUUCACCCACUUUUAAUCUGUUUGGACGCCGCCGUACAGGAUGUAUUUUUUUUUUUUUUUUUUUUAGUUUCAACGUGUAGACGGCAGGAAAACGGUAAUAAAGCGGACUGUGUGAGUUAUUGAGAGAAAGGCAGCUUGAUUUGAUAAGAUGAUGACUUUAAUGAUCAGGCUAUUUGGUCACACGUACUCGUUUCAGGGAAUAAGUAUUGUUUUAAAUAUCUUUUGAAGCAGCUUCUCCAGAGCUACGUGAGCUUCGCCAUGAAUAACUACAUGAGCUACCGUGACCACAUUAAAAGUCCACAAUAUUAGUUGAAUGAAAUUAAUUUCUAAGGACCAAACAUGCCUCUUUAUUUUUUUUUUU